AUGAAAGAUCCUCUGGAAUAUAUCAACAAAAUAAACUUCAACACAAACCGAUUUCCGCAGUAUACCCAUUUGAUAGAAAGUUGCCCUGCGGAACAUGAAAAGGAAAAGAUUAUCCGGAUAUGCCGCUGCUGGCAGUCAGCGAAGUUUCCGUACUGUGACGACACGCAUAAGAUCCUCAUGGAAAAUGGAGAUGACGUUGGGCCUUUUGUAGCCAAACUGUCAAGCUACAAAUUAUCAGACGAAGAGAAACUCAAACAGCAAAAGUAUAAUGAAAAAUAUAUAAAAAUAAACAAAAAAUUGUCAUCUGAUAAGUCUUCUAUGUCCAUUUUUAAAUUUAAUUAUAAUCCAUAUGUGAGAAACAAAUUCAGAAAAUCGCUCAUCAUGUCUGCUGUCGUUUUGACAUCAGCCUUAUUGUAUGAUAAGAAGGAGAAGUUGGUAGGUCUUUACUCGGCACAGUGA